AUGGCUGCCUUCAGCCUCCUCCUCCUCCUCUUCCUCCUCCUCGGCGCUACCGUGGUGGCGCCGGAGCCCCCCCAGGGUCUGGUACAGGAGAGCCUGGAGCUGCAGCUCCCCCCCAUCCAACAGCUGCUGCAGGACCCGGCCCCCCCUCCCCUCCCGGCCUCCUCCGCCCCCGCCACCCCCUGGGGUCCCCGCUCCGUGCCCGGUUUCCCCCCUCCGUGGCCCGAAGCCGCCGCCGUGACCCGGAUGUGCCGGGACCGCCCCCCCCAGCCCUCGGCUCCGCCGCUGCCCCCGAGCUCCUUCGGGCAUCUCCGGCGCCAGGCGGCGGCGCUCGGGGCGCUCGGAACCCGCCUGGAUUCGUGCUGCGGCCGCGAUGCUCCCGUGCCCUGCGCCCGGCGCGAGUGGGCCGCGGUGCUGGACGCGUUUUGCUCGGAGGAGUUCGCGGUGAAGACGCGGCCGUUCCAUUGCUGCCGCCUGCGCGGCGCGCACCGGAGGCGCUGCUUCAGCGAGGCCGCCGAUGCCCAGACCCGGUCCCAAGGGAGCCCCGGGGUCCCGUUCCCCCCCGGGGAACCCACGGCCGCCAACAUGGGCAACAUCUGCGCGCUGCGGGGGCUGCGGCCCGGCCCCACCGGCACCCCCGGGCCCCUGGCUCGGUUCCAGCUGCGCCUCGAGAGGGAGUUCGGGCGCUGCUGCCGCAACGGGAGCGUGGAGUGCGCGCAUGAGGCGUGGCGCUCGGGGCUGGAGCGGCUCUGCCGGCAGGAGGCGGGCUCGGGGCUCCGGCAGCGGCGCUGCUGUGGGCAGGGCUCGGCCCCCGCUCGGCUCCGCUGCUUCGCGGCCUCGGCCCCGCACCCGCGCUACGAUCGGGAGCUGCACAACGUGAGCCUGGGCCGGGCCGGGCCCCAGCUGCUGCGGGCGCUCUGCGGCCCCGCCAGGCUGCUCAGCAAGAGGCGCCCAAUCCCAGAGCUCCUGGGGGCCAUCACCUCCUGCUGCCCUCGCCCCCCCCAGGAGCAGCGGGCCUGCACCGAGGAGCAGCUCACCCAGGCCAUCGCCACCCUCUGCAGCACCCAUGGGCAGGGGGGGGGCUGGAAGGACCCAAAGCGCUGCUGCGCGGGGGGGGACGCGGCCGCCCGGCGCCGCUGCUUCGACUCUGCCUACCUGGAGGGGGUGCCCAUGGGGCUGGCCGUGCCCCCCCCACCCCAUGGGCAUGAGGAGUGA